CGCGGCUUCCCCUUCGCUCGGUCGCCGGGGGUUCGCCGUUGCUACGGGGCCCGGCAACGCCAGGCCCGGCCCGGCCCUGCCGCGGUUCCCCUUUGCCUGCCGCCGCCAGCGGCCAUGGACAGCGUCGGCAGCCGCUCCACCGCCUCGGUGCUGGCCGAGCUCCGCUGGGACGAUGGCUACGCCGUCCCCGUGGCCAACGCGGAGAACAAGGCGCUGGAGGACGAACUGCAGAAGAUGCAAAACGAAAAAGUAAAGCUGCAGAAUGAGUUGGCCGACUUUGAAGAGCGUACAGAAGCAAUGACGUCUCACUUGAAAAACGUAAGACAAGAGUUCAGCUUCACUCAGUCUCUUUACAAAGCUAGAGAGAAUGAAAUUGAAACUGAACAACACUUUAAAGCCCUUGCGGAGAGAGAACGUGGACGUCUCAAAAGUGAGAUUAAACGACUGGAAGAUGAGAUAGUUUCCUUAAGAGAAAAGAAAAACAGUCAAGAAAAUACUAUAAAUAAAACCACUAUGAAGUUGGAAAACUUAAAACAGCAGAUGAACUGUGAUGAGGAAGUUCUGGAGAGCUGGAUAAAGGAAUCAAAUUGUAAAGAUAAUGAUGCUAUCGCAAUCCAGAAGUAUGCACAACAAGAUGAAGGGAAACUAGGAGCAUUAACCCUUCAAGUAGAAAAGUUGACCAUGCAAGCGAAUCAGAAGCGCAGAGCUCUUGAUAAUGAGCUUACAGAAACGUUAACAGCUCAGAUAGAGCUUGACAAGACAGCUGAAGAUUUUCGCAGAGUUCAUCAGGAAAGGCAAGAAGUCAUCAGGCAGUGGGAGAAUGCAAUACAACAGAUGCAAAAAAGAGAUCAACAGAUUGAUCAUUGUGCCUUGCUAAUAGCAGAGAUAAAACAGGAGAUCAGAAAGAAAGAAAUUGUGCUGAAAGAGAAGACUUCCUUUUUGGUAAAUGAAACUCUUAAUAAUAUGGAAUAUGAAAAGAAAAUUUCUUCUGCUGAGCGGGAAGCUACCAGCCUCCGAAAUGAGUAUCAAACUCAGGAUAGUUAUAGCGUUCAGCUGCAGGAUGAGCUGGACACUUUGAAAUCCACUGUGGACAGAACUGCUUCUGAUCUGGAGUCUUUGAGAACACAAGUAACCAAUCUGAAGAAAGAAAUUCAGAAAAAACAAGCCAGAUUAAGCUUUCUUAAAGAAAAAAAUGCAAGUCUUUCCAAUAAGCUGAAGCUUGUGACUGAGGAGACACUCAGUUCAGAAGACAAAGCUUUGAGGAUGGAAGAAAUACUAAAGGAAGAAGAAAAAAAUGUCAAGGAAAAAGAAACAGAAAUGAACCAGUUAAAAGAACUAUUUUUCAAGAAGACUCAAGAGUUAAAGGUGCAGAAGGAUAAGGAGAAGUGUGUUCUAGCAGAAAUUGAGGGAAGUCGAACAUCACUUAAAAAUCUUCAGAGUCGACUGCACAGACUUGAUGCAGAUGCAUUAAAACAACAAGAAUUAAUAUAUAACCAGGAUUUUUAUAUUCAGCAAGUACAGAGACGUCUGUCACGGUUAGAAGGAGAGGUUAAUGCAGAUGAAAAACAAGUUUUGGAAGCAAAAGUUGCUGAACUUAAGAAAACCUUAGAAGAAAAGAAAAAUGCAUAUGAUGUUUUACAUGCGCAGCACAAGAAACUUGAGAAUGAUGUCCAUUUCAUCAGGAGAGCAAUGGAUAAGACAGGAGAAGAAACAAAUGGUAUGAUGAUCAAGAUAAAUGAACUAAAUCUUUUCAAUGAGAGAUCAGAUCAGGAGUUAAAAAAAGCUAAAGCCAUUAAGCAGGAGAUGAUGGUCGAAGAUAAUCUCUUAAAACUAGAAUUGAACCGUCUUAGAGAUACUCUGUGUAAUAAGACAGAGAAAGUUCUAACACUGGAAAAACAAAAAUUGGAGUUAAAGAAAGCUAUAGCAGAAAGAACUGAGGAAAUUAAGAUUCAUAAGGCAAUGCUAGAUUCCCAGAUAAGACUUGUGGAUCAGGAACGGCAACGCGUAAGUGCUGAAUUUCAAGAUCGCCUAAAUAAAAUUGAUAAACUGAGAUGCAGAUAUGAAAUUCUUACUGUUGUCAUGAUGCCACCUGAAGGAGAAGAGGAGAAAACUCAUACCUACUAUGUAAUUAAGGCUGCACAGGAAAAGGAAGCACUUCAACGUGAAGGUGAUGAUUUAGAUGCAAAGAUCUGCAAAGCUGAAAAAGAAAUUGUAGCUCUGGAAAACACUUUGUGCGUACUUAAUAACUGCAACACCAAUUACCGAAACUCUUUCAAGGAAGUCACUGAGACAAGUGAAGAAUAUGAGGAAAAAUUGAAACUAGAGGAGGAGAAGAGGGCUGCUGAUGAAAAAUACAGAUACAAACGAAGACAGAUCAAAGAACUUCAGGAAAAUCUCCAGAGCAUGGAGAAAAAGUUUGAUGGAGUACUGAAGCAGGAGGCCCUUUUCCAAGAGCAAAAGAAGGAAAAACAAGCUCUUAUUUUGCAGCUGAACAAAGACAUAGAAGAACAGAAGCCCAAACUAGAAAGGGUUACAAAACAGUGUUCCAGGCUAUCCAGAGAAAUUCAGUCUCUGAAGAAAACUAAAACAGAAACACAGGAAGAAAGAGACAUUGGUCUUCGUGAACUGAAAAGCUUCAACAAAACCAUCGACAAAUUGUUAGCUGAUGUUCUAGAAGCAAAUCCUGAUUUAACUACACCCUUUCAAAUGUACUUUCACCAGUCCAAUUUAGACCUUCCUGCAAUUGCGUCUGCUGCUGGUAGUCAAAGUUCUCGAUCACCAUCCACACAAAACUCACUAGCUUCUACCAGAUCCUCCAGAAGCACAAGUUCAGGCUCUAGUCAAACUUCAUCACUCAAAGUCAUAGAUCUGAGCCUGCCUAUCAACACUCCUGCAGAAGCAGCUGCUGUUGGUUCACAGCUAUCCAGCAGAGCUAGCACCUCUGAUAUUUGUAAAUACAAAAAAAAGUCUUGAGUAAUCUUUUUGAGGCCAUAGUAAAGGCUUCAUACCAGUUAAGGCUUCUUAAUUGAUUCAUCGGUAAGAACUUAUUUAUCAAGAUAUAUUAGCAAUCUUAGAAAUUAAUUUCUAUCAAAAAUGUAUGUUUUAACUUUCUUCUACAGUAUGCUAUAAGUUAUCUAGGAGAAAUGUUAAGCAUAUGUUUUAUACAAUAAAAUAAAUUAACCUUUAUAUUACUUUCUCAUUUUGCUGUUGGAGAACUAAAGAUCUGCAAAACCCUUCAGAAACCAUUAAUUCACUUUUCUUAUAAUGAAAAGGAGAGUUAUGUUAAAGCCAUUAAUAUUUGUAAACUAGUAUCUUCGCUACUGUCAAAUUACACAGCAAGAACCGAGGAAAGAAAAUGUAUGCUUCAUUUCAAGAUCAACCUUGACUAUUAAUCAAUUAGUCAUCUCAGAUCAUACCUUAAUUGAAAGAUGACAGUAUAUGAUUAAAACUACUUUUUCUAUUCAAAAUUACACAGUACCUUUUUUGCAACUGACCUGUAUCUAUGGAAUUACUUGGAAAACUUGCAGCUGAAGUACAAUUGGUAUUGUGUGGUCUGGCACAUGUUAGCUCCUUAGCACGUUCUGCCAACUGUCUUUGGAGAUCUCAUUGUAAAUAGAGCAAAACUUUUUCCACAGCAGUGCAACCACUGCCUUCAAGCUACUCGUAAAGCAAAUACCUAACACCACCACAAAAAACAAAUGCCCACACUUAAACUUACCUUGACAAUAAACACCAUUUCAAAACUC